CCGGCCACCCGCCCGCCCGUCUGCCCGUCUGCCCGUCCGUCCGUCGGUCUGUCCGUCCGUCCACCCGUCCAUCCGCCCACCCAGCACCAUGAGCUACUCCCGCAGCACCGUCUACUCCAGCUCGUCCCGCUCGGGUGGCAGCCGUCGCCUCGCGCCCCUGAGCAGCGCUGCCAGCGUCUACGCGGGGGCUGGGGGCUCAGGGUCCCGCAUCUCCAUCACCCGCAGCAGCAGCCUGGGCAGCGGCUUUGGGGCCGGUUAUGGGGCUGGCUACGGGAGCAGCUACGGGGGCGGUUACGGGGGCAGCCUGCUGCUGUCGGGCUCCGGCGUGGUGCAGAACGAGAAGGAGACGAUGCAGGACCUCAACGAGCGCCUGGCCACCUACCUGGACAAGGUGCGGAGCCUGGAGCAGGAGAACCGGCGGCUGGAGGUGCAGAUCCGCGAGCACCUGGCCAAGAAGGGGCCCAGCACCCACGACUGGAGCCACUACUGGGAGGUGAUCGAGGACCUGCGUGGCAAGAUCUUCGACAGCACAGUGGACAACGCCCGCACCGUGCUGCAGAUCGACAACGCCCGGCUGGCAGCCGACGACUUCAGGGUCAAGUACGAGGCAGAGCUGGCCAUCCGCAUGUCGGUGGAGAGCGACAUUGCGGGGUUGCGCAAGGUCAUCGACGACACCAACAUGGCCCGGCUGCAGCUGGAGGGUGAGAUCGAAGCGCUCAAGGAGGAGCUCAUCUUCAUGAGGAAGAACCACGAGGAGGAGGUGAGGAGCCUGCAGGCGCAGGUCUCCGGCUCGGGGCUGACGGUGGAGGUGGAUGCCCCCAAGGCUCAGGACCUGGGCAAGGUCCUGGCCGAGAUCCGGGCGCAGUACGAUGCCCUGGCCCAGAAGAACCUGGAGGAGCUGGAGAAGCAGUGGGGGCAGCAGAUCUCCGAGAGCACCAUUGAGAUCACACAGAGCAGCAAGGAGGUGGACACGGCCCGCAGCACCGUGGUGGACCUCCGCCGCUCCGUGCAGACGCUGGAGAUCGACCUCGAGUCACUGCGCAACCAGAACGGAGCCCUGGAGGGCAGCCUGCGGGAGGUGGAGGGCCGCUACGCGCUGCAGAUGGAGCAGCUCAACGGCCUCAUCCUGCGCGCCGAGGCGGAGCUGGCGCAGGCGCGCGGGGAGCUGCAGCGCCAGGCCGACGAGUACCAGGUGCUGCUCAACGUCAAGAGCAAGCUGGAGGCCGAGAUCGCGACCUACCGGCAGCUGCUGGACGGCGGCGAGCAGCUCAGCCUGCAGGACGCGCUGGACAAGGAGAGCAGCAGCAGCACGGUGCGGAGCUCGCAGCGGGUGCUGGACGGCAAGGUGGUGACCGAGACCAAGGAGGUGAAGGUCAGGGUCCUCUGAGGGGGCCCUGCCACCCCCCGGCAUUGCGGGGGGGGGGGUUCCUGCACCCCCUCCCCAGCCCCGAGAUCCCCC